UGAUAAUAAGGAAUUCCUUAGUUCGGAGCCUCCUACUCUGUAAAUAAAAUGGCAGAUUUUAAAAUUAAAAUUGGUUCAUUACAAGUCUCCUUCUGAGAUGUAACACGUCAAAUCGCAAAUUAUAUUAUCUUUUGCAAGCUGACCUUGCAACAACUAUAUUCAACUAUUUACCCUUGAAAACAUUACGCAAAGGUUAGGCUCGAAGGACAUAAUAUUAACACAUUUAGCUAAAUUGACAGAGUGUUGUUAAUUUUUUCUGCAUUCAAUAAGUAACAAUAGCAGUAACCACAUCAAUCACUAAUCAAUUACAAAGAGAAGAAGGAGCUUACUCGAACGAGUUUCAAAGAAAGAAAAUGAUUCAAAUUUUUAAAAUUAGAAACAUGCAAGUUGUGUACUUUGUAUGUUUCCUGUUACACUUUGCGAAAACGAAUGGAAUCGAAAAUAGGACUCUGGACGUAAACGCGCAUGGUUUGUCAAAUGACACUCAACACCUUAUUAACAAAAACAUCAUUAAAGGAAUUCAGGACCCAGAUGUAAAGUCAAUUAUCAAAUCUGCGUUAGGGAAUGAUUCUACAUCCGAAGUGGUACUGAAGAAGAAUUUGAUCGUGUUUCCUUCGAAUACUCCAAAUUUAGUAAUAACAAACAAACAAGAAGUACACAAAAUUCCAGGGAUGGCAGGAAAAGCAAGUAAAUUGGGCAGUAAUUCCACUUUUAGUGAAGUAAAAGAAGUUAAUGAAUUGAGUUUGGCAGAGCUGAUUCCUCUGAACGAGACAAUAAUCAAGACAAAUGGAACAGACAGACAAAAGAGAGUAGCUUUGAUUUCAGAUUCUAUUCCAGUGACACCGCCAUUGAGUUCAGACUUGGACACUGCGAACGAUAUAGUAUUUAGACCUCUUUUCAGAUAUAGACAAGAAACGAGGUUGAGGGCCAAAAAUACUUACAAUCGAGAAUACAGAAGAUUUAAUUACGGAAGGUCCAAAUUCUCGUCCACCUUCUAAGCAUCUAGUCUUCCACAAGAAGAUGGCUAAUUUCGCAGUUUAAUUAUCAUGGAGAAGUAGCUUCCGAAGUAGCUUUGAGAUGUUUAGCUAAAGUAUGUAAUUCACAAUAGAGAAUUAUUUUAAUCAAUGAACAAAAAUGUAUGUCGAACCUCCACUUUUUAUUCAAAUAAGGUGCAAAUCAAACCUAAUAUUUACAUCAAUAAAAAUGUUCAAUUACCUAUCA